AUGCCUGUCAUUGUAAACUUUGAAUCCCCAAAUGUUCCGAGAAAAGAAGACAACACAAUCAGCAAGAAGCUAAAAUAUAGAUCUCCAAAAGCAACCAACAAGAUGGAUGUGUUUUUAAAAAUGGUGACUAUGGAAAUGGCACAAUGCUCAAGGCAUUUUGAACCGGCCAAGAGAGACCGGAAGCCAUCGCAAAACCUCGUUUCUGCGAAGAAGGCGAAAGUUAAUAAGACCAACACAGCGUAG